AUGCAGCCCCCCUCACUGUCACUGCUGCUGCUGUGCUGCUCAGUCGUCAAGACCAGAGGGCUGCACUGUGGGAGCGGGAGCGCCCCAGGACCCUGCGCCAACGGAGGCACCUGCCUGAGCCAGUCUGGGGGGCCAGGCACCUGCCAGUGCGCUCCCGGCUUCCUGGGUGAGACCUGCCAGUUUGCUGACCCCUGCCAGGGUGCCCAGCUCUGCCAGAAUGGGGGCAGCUGCCGAACUCUGCUUCCCACCCUGCAGGACACCCCCAAUACCCCCUCCCUCUCAGCCCCCAGCUUCUUCUGCAGCUGCCCCUCUGGCUUCACUGGCCAGAGGUGUCAGGCCCCGCUCAAGGGCCCCUGCGCUUCCUUCUGCUCCAGAAUGGGCCGCUGCCACAUCCAGGCCUCGGGCCUCCCAAAGUGCUCCUGCCUACCUGGAUGGACAGGUGAGCAGUGCCAGCUUCGGGACUUCUGCUCAGCCAACCCCUGCGUCAAUGGAGGGGUGUGUCUGACCACGUACCCCCAGAUCCAGUGCCGCUGCCCCCUGGGCUUCGAGGGCCAUGCCUGCGAACACGACGUCAACGAGUGCUACCGGGACCCCAACGCCUGCCCCACGGGCACCACCUGCCAUAACACCCUGGGGUCCUUCAAGUGUCUCUGCCCUGCUGGGCGGGAGGGUGCAGGCUGUGAGCUCCAGCCAGGAGAAUGCCCCUCCAGGGGCUGCCUCAACGGGGGCACCUGCCAGCUGGCUCCAGAGAAGGGGUCCCCCUUUCACCGCUGCCUCUGUGCCCCAGGUUUCACAGGCCUGGACUGUGAGGUGAACCCCAACGACUGUGUCGCACACCAGUGCCAGCACGGGGGCACCUGCCAGGAUGGGCUGGGCACCUACACCUGCCUCUGCCCAGAGGCCUGGACAGGCCGGGAUUGCUCUGAAGAUGUGAACGAAUGUGAGACUCAGGGUCCCCCUCGAUGCAGGAAUGGGGGUACCUGCCAGAACUCGGCUGGUGGCUUCCACUGCGUUUGUGUGAGCGGCUGGGGGGGCUCAGGCUGCGAGGAGAACCUGGACGACUGUGCGACGGCCACCUGUGCGGCAGGGGCCACCUGCAUUGACCGCGUGGGCUCCUUCUCCUGCCUCUGCCCACCUGGCCGCACGGGUCUCCUGUGCCACAUGGAGGACAAGUGUCUGAGCCAGCCCUGCCACGGGGAAGCCCGCUGCAGCACCAACCCCCUGACGGGCGCCGCGCUCUGCCUGUGCCAGCCUGGCUACACGGGGCCCACCUGCCACCAGGACCUGGACGAGUGUCAGAUGGCCCAGCAAGGCCCCAGCCCCUGUGAACACGGGGGCUCCUGUCUCAACACCCCCGGCUCCUUUGACUGCCUCUGCCCCCCCGGCUACACGGGCUCCCGCUGCGAGGCCGACCACAACGAGUGCCUGUCCCAGCCCUGCCGCCCCGGCAGCACCUGCCUGGACCUGCUCGCCACCUUCCACUGCCUCUGCCCACCAGGCCUAGAAGGGCGGCUCUGCGAAGUGGAGACAGACGAUUGCGCCUCCACUCCGUGCCUGAACCAGGCUGACUGCCGAGACCUGCUGAACGGCUUCCUGUGCGUCUGCCCGCCCGGAUUCACGGGGUCCCGCUGUGAGGAGGACGUGGACGAGUGCAGCAGCUCGCCCUGCGCCAAUGGGGGGCAGUGCCAGGACCAGCCUGGGUCCUUCCUCUGCGAGUGUCUCCCAGGCUUCCAAGGCCCUCGCUGUCAGGCGGAGGUGGACGAGUGCCUGAGCGGCCCGUGCCCCGAGGGAGCCAGCUGCCUCGAUCUCCCCGGAGCUUUCUUUUGCCUCUGCCCCUCCGGCUUUACAGGUGAUCUCUGUGAGGUUCCCCUGUGUACCCCCAACCUGUGCCAGCCCAGGCAGAGAUGCCAGACUCGGGAGGACGAAGCACCCUGCCUCUGCCCUGACGGAAGCCGGGGCUGUGCCCCCGCGGAGGACAGCUGCACCUGCCACCAUGGGCACUGCCUCGGCUCUUCAUGUGUGUGUGACAUGGGUUGGACAGGACCAGAGUGUGAGGCAGAGCUGGGAGGCUGCAUCUCCACGCCCUGUGCCCAUGGGGGGACCUGCCACCCCCAGCCCUCUGGCUAUAACUGCAGCUGCCUCACAGGCUACACAGGGCCCACCUGUGAUGAAGAGGUGACAGCUUGUCACUCGGGGCCCUGUCUCAAUGGUGGCUCCUGCAGCCCCAGCCCCGGGGGCUACUCCUGCACUUGCCCACCCAGCCACACUGGAGCCCGCUGCCAGACCAGCACUGACCACUGUGCCUCAGCACCGUGCCUCAACGGGGGUACCUGUGUGAACAGGCCGGGCACCUUCUCCUGCCUCUGCGCCACAGGCUUCCAGGGCCCGAGGUGUGAGGGAAGGGUCCGUCCCAGCUGUGCAGACAGACCUUGUAGGAACAGGGCGACCUGUCAGGAUGGCCCUCAGGGUCCCCGCUGCCUCUGCCCCCCUGGCUACACAGGAAGCAUCUGCCAGACUCUGCUGGACCUAUGUGCCCAGAAGCCCUGUCCCCACCAUGCCCACUGCCUCCAGGCUGGGCCCUCCUUCCGGUGCCUGUGUGUCCAGGGAUGGACAGGGCCUCUCUGCAACGUGCCGCUGUCCACCUGCCAGAAAGCUGCCCUGAGCCAAGGCACGGAAGUGUCUUCCCUGUGCCAGAACGGAGGCCUCUGCGUGGACAGCGUCCCCUCCUAUGUCUGCCGCUGCCCGCCAGGGUUCCGGGGCAGCGUGUGCCAGGACAGGGUGAACCCCUGCGAAUCCAGGCCCUGCCAGCCUGGGGCCACUUGCCUGGCCCAGCCCACUGGUUACCUCUGCCAGUGUGCCCCAGGCUACCGUGGACAGAACUGCUCAAAGGAACACGAUGCAUGUCAGUCCCAGCCCUGUCAUAACCAAGGGACCUGCACCCCCAAGCCUGGAGGCUUCCACUGCACCUGUCCCCCAGGCUUUGUGGGCCUGCGCUGUGAGGGGGACGUGGAUGAGUGUCUGGACCAGCCCUGCCACCCCACAGGCACCGCAGCCUGCCACUCCCUGGCCAAUGCCUUCUACUGCCAGUGUCGCCCUGGAUAUACAGGCCAGUGGUGUGAAGUGGAGAUAGACCCCUGCCAGAGCCAGCCCUGCGCCCAUGGAGGGUCUUGUGAGGCCACAGCAGGACCACCCCCGGGUUUCAUCUGCCUCUGCCCCCCGGGUUUUGAAGGCCCCACCUGCAGUCACAGAGCCCCCUCCUGCGGCCUCCAUCACUGCCACCACGGUGGCCUGUGUCUGCCCUCCCCAAAGCCUGGCUUCCCACCCCGCUGUGCCUGCCUCAAUGGCUACGGGGGCCCUGACUGCCUGACCCCGCCAGCUCCCCAGGGCUGCGGCCCUCCCUCUCCCUGCCUAUACAAUGGCAGCUGCUCAGAGAUCCAGGGGCUGGGGGGCCCAGGUUUUCGAUGCUCCUGCCCCCCAAACUCUCCAGGACCCAGGUGUCAGAAGCCUGGAGCCAAGGGGUGUGAGGGCAGAGGUGGAGAUGGGACCUGUGAUGCUGGAUGCAGCGGCCCAGGAGGAAACUGGGAUGGAGGGGACUGCUCCCUGGGGGUCCCAGACCCCUGGAAAGGGUGCCCCUCCCAAGCUCGGUGUUGGCUUCUCUUCCGGGAUGGCCAGUGCCACCCUCAAUGUGACUCCGAAGAGUGCCUGUUUGAUGGCUACGACUGUGAGACUCCUGCAGCCUGCACUCCUGCUUAUGACCAGUACUGCCAGGACCACUUCCACAAUGGACACUGUGAGAAAGGCUGCAACACGGCAGAAUGUGGCUGGGAUGGGGGUGACUGCAGGCCCCAAGACGGCAAUGCAGAGUGGGAGCCCUCCCUGGCCCUGCUGGUGGUGCUGAGCUCCCCAGGCCUGGACCAGCAGCUGCUUGCCCUGGCCCGGGCGCUGUCCCUGACUCUGAGGGUGGGGCUCUGGGUGAGGAAGGACAGUGACGGCAGGGACAUGGUCUACCCCUAUCCUGGGACCCAAGCCGAAGAGGAGUUAGGAGGAACCCCAGAUCGCUUCCUGCAGGAGAGAGCAGCCCCGCAGGGCAAGGAGACAGACUCCCUCAGCACUGGGUUUGUGGUGGUGAUGGGUGUGGAUUUGUCUCGCUGUGGCCCUGACCAUCCUGCAUCCCGCUGUCCCUGGGACUCUGGGCUCCUGCUCCGUUUCCUUGCUGCGAUGGCUGCAGUGGGGGCCCUGGAGCCCCUACUGCCAGGACCCCUCCUGGCUGCCCACCCUCGUGCAGGCACUGAGCCCCCCAACAACCAGCUGCCCUGGCCUGUGUUGUGCUCACCAAUAGCCGGGGUGCUUCUCCUGGCCCUUGGGGCUCUUCUCGUCCUCCAGCUCAUUCGGCGGCGGCCCCGCAGAGAGCAUGGGGCCCUCUGGCUGCCCCCCGGGUUUACUAGACGGCCUCGGACACAGUCAGUCCCGCGCCGACGCCGGCCCCCUCUGGGUGAGGACAGCAUUCGCCUCAAAACACUGAAAUCAGAGGCAGAAGCUGAUGAGGAUGGAGUUGUGAUAUGCUCAGGCCCUGAGGAAGGAGAGGAGGUGGGACAAGUGGAUGAGAGGGCCUCACCCUCCAAGUGCCAGCUCUGGUCUCUGAGUGGUGAUUGCCAGGAGCUCCCCCAAGCAAUCAUGCUGACUCCUCCCCAAGAAACUGAAGUGGACGUGGACUCCUGUGGACCUGAUGGGGUGACACCCCUGAUGUCAGCAGUCUGCUGUGGGGGAGUAGAGUCCAGGACCUUCCAGGGAGCAUGGUUAGGAGGCCUGGAGCCCUGGGAACCCCUGCUAGGUGGAGGGGCCUGUCCCCAGGCUCACACCAUGGGCACUGGGGAGACCCCCCUGCACCUGGCAGCCAGGUUCUCUAGGCCAACUGCUGCCCGCCGCCUCCUUGAGGCUGGAGCCAACCCCAACCAGCCUGACAGAGCAGGACGCACCCCUCUUCAUACUGCUGUAGCUGCUGAUGCUCGGGAGGUCUGCCAGCUCCUACUUCGAAGCAGACAAACUGCAGUGAAUGCACGGACAGAAGAUGGGACCACAGCCCUGAUGUUAGCCGCCAGGCUGGCAGUGGAGGACCUGGUUGAAGAACUGAUUGCUGCCCAAGCUGAUGUGGGAGCCCGAGAUAAAUGGGGAAAAACCGCACUGCAUUGGGCCGCAGCCGUGAACAAUGCCCGGGCCGCGCAUUCCCUCCUCCAGGCCGGAGCUGAUAAGGACGCCCAAGACAGCAGGGAGCAGACGCCGCUAUUCCUCGCAGCCCGAGAAGGGGCGGUGGAGGUAGCCCAGCUGCUGCUGGGGCUGGGGGCGGCCCGAGGACUCCGGGACCAGACCGGGUUGGCGCCCGCCGACAUCGCCCGCCAGCGAAACCACUGGGAUCUGCUGACGCUACUGGAAGGGGCGGGGCCGCCGGAGGCACGUCACAAAGCCACGCCGGGCGGAGGAGCCUGCCUGUGCCCGCGCGCUCGUUCGGCGUCGGAGAGCGUGCCCCCAUCGCGGGGCGGGGCUUUGCCGCGCGGCCGGACACUGUCCAGCGGAGCCGGCUCGCGUGGGGGCGGAGCCCGCCUGCGAGCGCCGACUUUGUCUGUAGACUUGGCCGCGCGGGGGGGCGGGGCCUAUUCCCACGGCCUCAGCCUAUCGAAAGGAAGGACAGGAGGAGGCCCGCCCCCGCACGGCCCUAAGUUUUCAGCGUGCAUGCGCGGGCCACGGCUCGGCCCGGGCAAAGUGCGAGGGAAAUCCGGGCUCGCGGCCGGGAGUGGAGGUGCUGCUUCAGCUGAUGACUUGCCUGACGAUUGGGCUGCCCUGGGAGCCUGUGGUCCCGCCUCCAACACCCCGAUCCCGCUUCCUUGCCUGACUCCGUCCCCGGAGCGGGGCUCUCCUCAAGUUGCCUGGGGUUCCCCAGCCCGCCAAGUAAUAACCUUCAGUGCGGGAAGCGAUGGACAGAAGUAGAAGGCUGCACGGCAGGGAGGGGUUCAUAAACAAAUACCCGUUAAGUGACAGGCAACGUGGAAAAUCUACAGAUUUUAAGGUCCUAGAGCUCCAAAAGUGAAGGGUUAUGAGUUUAGUGUCCCACCUAAAAGGAAUGAAGCACCAGAACCACUGUCGUCUACCACGUGGAGAAGGGGCACCCUGUGAAGAGGGUUUAGAAUGCUGGCAUGAAAUGAGUCCAGCCCUUCUCCCAGAAAAUGAUGAGCCACAGAAAGGGUCGAGUGGAGUAGGGGAAGAGAUAAGAUGUACAACGUUCUUUAUUUACAUGGUUCCCAAAAGAGCCUCUUAGCACCCAUCAAUCACCCCUACCACUUAAAAAUGGUUAGCGUAUUUAUUGAGUACCUACUAUGUGCCAGGCACUGUGCAGGUGCUGAAGAGUGGGCCAAAGUCCACUCCAGCUGAUGACUCCUUGCAUUCUCCCACGCCCCACUCCCAAAGAAACCACUGCAGGGAUGAAGCACCAUUCUUACAGUCCGCUUAACUAUUUAAGAAGCCCGUCUUUGUCAGGCUAUA